UCUACGCGUGACAUCUUCCGAGAUAGGUUGAGUUUAUGUUCGACAGAACAGUAAAAUGAACAGAAACAGUUGUUUUUUCAAGAUUGUAAUUAUUUGUGUAGAGCUAGGUCAGGUGUUUUCCCUCAAUGCGGUAUACGUCAAUAAUCAUAAGAUCGAUAAAAAUGAUUUGGAUAGAAUCAAAUUGUUGAAUCCGACCAAAGCAGAUGUGGAUAUGACUAAGGGUAAUGUUCUUACGAAGGAAAAUUUCACGAAUCCUGUGAAGUAUUAUCAAUACCUAGUGGCUAGUGAUCCUGCUGGGCAUGUAGAUUUGUUGUGGGGAAAAAACAAAACAUACCUGCCGUCGAUAUUUCGCAAUAAUACCAUGACAGAAGCGCCGACCGUCGUGACCCUAAACUAUGCGGAUGACUUAUCACCAAUUCAGAAUACACUGAAUAAUACCACACCGUUCUAUAAGGGUGAUUAUUAUGUUAAUCCGGCAGAUAAAACCUCCACAACCACCACCAUUCGACCAAGGAAACAAAUAAAAAAACCAAAAAUAAAACCGGAACUUGUGAAGAACCAGACAAAGAUAACGAAGGAAACGCUCGAGUUAUUGCGUAAAUAUUUUAGCUUCAAUUGUUCAUUGACUCCCAUUCAUACGUCGACCACACCGUUACCCAAAACAAUAACCAAAAAGUCAAAAUCUCGGGUCAAAACUAGAACUACGACGACGGUUCGACCACCAGAACCAGCUCGGAAGGUCAAAAGUAAGAAAUCCUACCAACCGGUGGUUUAUGUCUAUCCACCAGUCAUCAGCAGUCUUGGUGGCGUACUAGAAAGCGUCUAUAAUUAUAUGCACGACGCAUUUAUUGACACUGAGUACAUUUCAGUGGAAGACGAAGACGAACAACGUACCGUAGAGAACUAUCCGGAAAUCAUCAGUGGGAAAAAAUCAAAACGGAACUUACAACACUCUGAUACAACCACGGCGUCAUCAGCAUCGAAACAGUAUCAAUCGGAUGUCAAGCGGUUACCUCUUUCUGGCAUAACAACAGGGUUUUCUGGAGAGACAACGACGAAGAACAAACUGACAACCAAUAUUCAUGUAACCAGUGAGUAUAGUCCUGCAACUCCCGCAACGUUGCCAAUUCUUUCGCAUUCGACUUAUGCAGAAAAGGAGCAAAGCAGUGAGGAAAGUGAAUCGGAAGAAGAUGAUGGUAAUUAUUAUGGAGGAUUUGCAAAUGAUAGUUAUGAAGACGAUGCGGAAUCUGACGACAGUCAGGAAGGUGAAGAAAGUGACGAAGACGAUUUGGAUGACGCAGAAUCAGAAAAUCAGAUUGAACCAAGUGAAAAUGAUAAGGAUUAUGAUUACGACGAUGAGAAUGAUAAAGUUACAGAGUCAGUGAAAGUGAAACGUCAAAAACUUCCAACUAGUGAUGAGGAAUACAGUGAUGAGUAUUCUGAUGAUUACGAUAGUGGGGAAGAUAAUGAAGGCGGUAAUGAAGGGGGAUUUUUCUCUGGUAUUUUUUCAUCGUUGGGGCGAAUCGUUCGAUCGCUGGGUUUCGGUCCUCGGACCACUGUAGAGUAUGAUGACUAUGAUGAAACAAGAAGCACUACUCCCAAGAUCUUGGAUAUAAGAAAGCGACCAACACGAAGCACUGAUCUGAGCUCACAGCUCCAACAGGAACGAGUGGAUGUAAAUUCUAAUAAACAGCAAUGCUGGAUGCAUUAUCCAUCUUACAUGUUUAACGAAGUUGAGGAAGAAUCUUCCAUUCCAAUCCCACCAUCUGCUGUGAAUGUUACCACCGAAAACGUUUCAGAUGAAAGUUGGUUUCAGCUUAUGACGCCAUGGAACUUUUUCAAUCCGUGGUCUUCGUGGGACGAUGACACUGGUAACGCAGCAAAUCACAACCAACACAUGGAAGCGACUACUGCUUCAUCAACGACUACCACCGUAACACAGGGUGGAUGGUUUCCAAACAUUUUCGGCAGUAUGGCCACAACUGAAAUGCCUUCCACAAAUCAAGUCUCACAGAAACCAUUGAUUCCAUUUCUACCAGCAUCAGAUCCACUUCAAAAUCCACAAACCUGGUUCAAUGUGAUAGCUCAACAUGUUUUCACAACAACCAGAGCCCCUAAGUCGACGCAACCUCCGUCGACAACUCAUCUAACGAAACCUAUCAAGGUGUAUUACAGCGGAUAUCAACUGUGGCGUCUCUAUCCAAAAUCUACGGAGAAUGUGCGUACUCUUGAGGAUUACCGAAUUUCACCGGAGGGUGUCAAAUUGCAAUGGUGGAAGGGUCCAACACUUAGCGGAUCAAACGACAUUCUGGUAUCUCCGAGUAUGUUGGAUUCGAUGAAGGAAUACCUGCAAGAUGAAGACAUAGCGAAAGAAAUAGUUAUCCAAGAUGUAGGACAAGCGAUUCUGUACGAAAACCCCAAGAUGACUCGAAGAGAACAAAUUGAAACUGAAGUUCUAAAUGGGCACCCUUUGACAUGGUAUCGAUAUCACCGCUAUGCGGAUAUUGUAAAGUUCAUGAACUACCUUGGAAGAAAAUACCCUCGCAAUGUGGAGUUGAUACACAUGGGGAGGAGCUUCGAAGGACGCCCGUUGACGGUCGUGAAGGUAAAAUUCGGUGUUCAGCGAUCGAGUGGUUCGAAGAAACAUAACUCCAAAUAUAUGAAAGGCAAACGCCGCCCUUUUCCGAAGAAAAAAGGUUCACGUAGUGCAGUGUUCAUCGAAGCAGGAGCUCACGGACAGGAAUGGAUUGCACCGGCUGUUGCCACGUGGUUAUUGGAUUGGCUAACAAAGGCCAUAGCGAACAACGAUACCGAGCUGGAAAAUGUCAAAUCUAUGGAUUGGUAUGUUCUGCCGAUUUUGAAUCCGGAUGGGUACGAAUACUGCCACACUUACGACCGGUUGUGGAGGAAGAAUCGGUCAAAGCAAACACAAACUCAAAGUACUGGAAUUAUUACUGCAGCAUUGAGUUGGUUGCAGUCACAAAGUACGCUUUCUAUGGAUUCAAACCAAUCGUGCUACGGAGCAGAUCUCGAUCGUAACUGGGAUCAUCGAUGGAAUGAACAGGGAGCUUCUAAAUCCGCCUGUAGUGAGUUUUACUCUGGGUACAGUGCCUUCUCCGAACCGGAAGCCAAAGCAUUGAGUAAGUUUCUGUUGAGCGGCCGCAGAAAUAUUGCAGUCUACCUUUCUCUGCAAUCGUAUGGACAGACGAUCAGUUAUCCGGACGAGAGGCGAUUACAGAACGAAGACCGGUUCAGCGACGUGCAUGAAAUGGCUACGAUUGCUGUAGACACAUUACGCGGUUCCGGAAGUCUCUCGUCAUAUCGGGUCGAUGCAGAAGAUGAGAUGUCUUAUCCCAGAUCAGGUACGUCGGUACAAUUUGCCAGAUAUAAAGCGGGAAUCAAGUACAGUUACACGGUUGAGCUCCCGGAUACGGGAAUUCAUGGUUUUUUGUUGCCUCCUUCCGGCAUCGAAAGUACAGCUAGAGAUACACUGGAGUUGAUUAAAGGUAUGGUAGAUUAUAUUUAAUCUAGAUUAAAAUAAUUUACAA